GAGAGUAUCAUGAUUAUCAUGAAAGCUGCCGUUAGCAUGUACAUUGUCUGCCAGGGGAAUCUUCCUGCCAUUGACACACUUUCUUGGUAUUUAAUCUCUGCUUUUGCUCGUUGCUUCGUCCUCUCGUUCGUGUCUUCCUCAUAGUGGCCUCACUUUUCAUCCUCCCAGACAUCUUUUCAUCUUUGAAUCACUACAAUGGAGAACCAGGAAUCUGAAGACAAUAUCCUCGCCGAAUGCCAUGACAUACUCUUAGGCGUGCCUGGCAUAAACUUUUCUCGUGCCGGAGAGUUCCAUGAUCCUAAUGUUACUAAAGUUGCUCCUGAAGCUAUCCCCAAAGCUGAACCAGAAGGGGAACCAGGCAUGCUCCUUGGUUUACCCGUUGGCUACGUCACCAAGGAUUUCAUCAAUUUUGAAACCCUUCAGGAAGAUGCCCGGGCUAUCCAACAAGCCCUAAACACCAACAAAAACCAGGGUAACCAAUGGCUCCUUAUCCGCAAUCUGACGGAUGUAGCCAUCAGCAGACUUGCCAGCGACGAAUCCCCCAUCCCAGAUAUCGGUUAUUGCUUUGAAUGGGAUGGAUCAACUGGACUUCUUAAGAUCAUCCAUUCCAGCUUCCUCCACGAGGAGAUCUUUACCCGCCUCGCGGGGACUAUCGAUCAUCAGCUGAAAUACAUGAAUGCUCCAGGGGGUCGAUUCCAUAAAGACACGGCCUAUGGAACGGGUCAGCGUGGGAAGAGCGGCGAUUGGGUCUUCACACCACCUACACGGGGGUUGGACGACAGUGGAAAAUCUCCUUCUUGGCCUACUCUUGUCUUUGAGACCGGGGUUAGUGAGUCGUAUGAUAAGCUCGUCAACAACGCACGUUGGUGGUUUAAAGCCUCGAACAAUGAUGUGAAGAUUGUUCUUCUCAUACUGAUGGGGCCGGACGAAGUCAGGUUCGCGAAGUUGCGGCGGAAAAUUGACUCGGAUGGAUCGGUUCACUGUGAGAGAGUAGUACGGGUUACUGAAAGUGAGAUUGUUGGAGCGCCUAUGGUGUUUCCUUUGGUAGCGCUGUAUGGUGUUAAUAGGAUUUCUGUGGAUGGGGAGGAGAGGAAUGUGAGUUUGUGGAAGAUUGAGAUUGGGGAAGAGGAUUUUAAGGGGGUUGUCAAUGUUCUUUCCAGGUGA